UUAAUACUUACCAUUGUGAUCUGUGCACUCCCCACCUGGAUAGAGACAACCUUCAUAGCAGCUAACUUUACCACCACAGAGGUGUACUUGCGCGGCCUGUGGAUGAGUUGUGUGACCCAAAGCACGGGACAGACACAGUGUAAUGUGCACAACUUAAGGGGGAACAGGCCCCCCAGUAUGGAGUAUGCCGGAGCCAUGAUCCUCACUGCCAUCAUCCUGGGAGUUCUGGGGGUCACGGUCUCCAUGGUUGGAGCCAAGUGCACCAACUGCAUCAAAGAACAAACGUCUCAGGCCAAGUUGAUAAUUAUCUCUGCAAUACUUUUCAUGCUGGCCGUUAUUCUCAUCCUCAUCCCUGUUUCCAUGGUAGCCAGAUCAAUCAACAGUGACUACUCCAAGUGGAUCGGAGGGAAGACUGAGCUAAGGGCCUCGCUGUACUUCGGCUGGGGGGCGGCCGCCCUGCUCCUGAUUGGAGGUUUCAUACUGUGCAUCACUGUGGGAGUCUUUGGAUGGAUGAUGGGAAUCUGUGGAUGGGUUGUCUCCCUAGUGCCCUGUUAUAUGACUAUAUUUGGCCCAUAUAGGGACAUACGGAUGGAUAUGCUGAAGAUCACCUCCAUCUCCACCAUCCUGGGAGCUCUAGGAGUGAUGGGGUCCAUCUUUGGGACCAAGUGCUGUAACUGCAUCAAGAGUAACAGGACCAGGGUCAAGGCCAGGUUCAUCGUUGGAAUAUUCUUUAUCCUGUCUGGUAUCCUGCAGCUAUCCACUAUCUUAUUGGUCUGUUACUUGACACAGAACAUUCCAGAAUACAGGAGGGAGUAUAUAUUAUUUUCCACUGAAUUCUGUAGAUGGUCCGCCUCCAUGCUCCUGAUAGGAGGGACCAUACUCUGCUGCAGCACCUUGAAGAGGAAGAACCCAGACUCGACAACGACUACAUCAGCCUCCCACUAAUGUCUCUGUCCAGAAGCUGUACCUUCUUGUUAUAAAAACCAUAGGGGAUCCAAGAAUUGUGAUUCUAUAUGUAAUUAUAUGAUGAAAAAUGGCCUCUAUCCUAUCUGUUCAAUGUUAGAAUAUCAGAAGGGACUAGAUAGGUGUGAAAGCAACAUCGUUAUUGUUCCACCUUCUCUUUAACAGGUCAAAGGGGAGUUUAUGACAUAUUGUGUUCAAACAUUCAGUUAAUUUAGACUGUGAGAAGUUGUUCCUGAGGAGACUACAAUGAAGGGAAGUAUUCUCACUGAUACUUCUCUUGAUGUUUCUUUAAAAUGGGAUGAAUUUAAGUGGAGAAAGAGUUGAAUCAGAAGUUGAUUGUUUAACUCUGUUAAAGAUGUUCAAAUAAAAAAGCGUAUCUGACUGCAAAGCGUUUCCUGGUUGCUGCCGUGUAUUUCCUGUUUAUGUUCACCACGUUAACCACAAGCUACAGUCAGUGACUGGGACCUUCUGACUGAAACAUAUAUCAUAGUGUAGAAUUAUAUCAAGCCAUGUCCAUGAAACUGUUAUCAUUAGUCUAUGUAGUCUAUUGUAUAGUUCAUUUCAGUCCAUCAAUCCAACCUUACAAUUAUUUAUUACACACUCAAGGGUUUUUCAGCAUGUAGUUUUAAUCUAACUCUGAAUAUCACCAGUAUCUCCCUCAAGCGGGUCUCAACCACAUACUGCCCAACAUCUGAAUGAAUAGGUUGUUUUCAUGACAACAUAUUUAAGUGACAUCCCAGCAUCACGUAGAUGUAGUGGCCUUUUAACUAACCCAGAUCUCCAGUUACAGUAGAAUCAGAAGGUGAGAACAUGUAGAAGAUAAUGUAAUGUUGUUCUAGAACUUUGUUGGUAAAUCCUGGGGGUUUUGGGGGUCAAGGUCUACGUGGUCGGAACCAAGUGCACCAACUGCAUCAAAGAAUAAACUUCUCAGGCCAAGUUGAUAAUCAUCUCUGGAAAACGUUUCAUCCUGGCCGGAAUUUUCAUCCUCAUCCCUGUUUCCAUGGUAGCCAUUUCAAUCAUCAGUGAUUCCUCCACUAGGAUUGGAGGAAAGACUGAGCUGGGGGCCUUGCUGUACUUCGGCUGGGGGCGGCCGCCCUGCUCCUGGGCAUGGGCACAGGCAAGUGUUUUGGGUUACUUGGCUCAAUUCAAUAGGUGGUCCGCCUCCAUGCUCCUGAUAGGAGGGACCAUACUCUGCUGCUGCAUCUUCAAGAGGAUCCAGACAGACUCAACAACGACUCAAUCAACGUCUUGCUAGCAGCUCUGUCUGCAAAAGGUCAUAGAGGAGUUUAUGUCAUAUUGUGGUUGGGACCAUAGUCUGGUGCAGCUGCUGCUGCUACGGCUUUAAGAGAGACAUUCCCAACUUCCCAACUCACUUAAAUUCCAUCACUGGUAUCUCAUAUGAUCUUAUGUUACCAUAGCCCAGUGUUUCUCCAUAUAAGUGCACAGAAUUAGUCUUCAAAAAGUUUUAGGGGAGCUUGUGCAAUAUUGCCAUAUUGCUUACUUUUGCCAGGCAACAACAAAACAGUUGGGCUAGAAACAGGCUCACCAGUUCCUCACACAGGGUAACGACCACACACUUCACCACAUCUGUACAGGUUGUGUUUCCAUGGCAGCAGAUGACGUCAAGCGCCCUUGGGCUUCUGACUGGCCGGGCUCUCUAGUAUCACAGAAGAACUCUGCAACAAACAUCUGUGAGAAAAGAACGUUGAACAAUCUGCUGUUUUAGAACUUUGCUUGCAAAGAACGAAGCUGUAGGCCUGUAGAAUCCAGGAUCGUCUCUGGAAAUAUAACAUCUCCACUGUUCUGGAGUCUCUUUGUUGAGUCACAUCCUUGUUCUUCCAGGAAGUGCAUGUUGAUGGGCAUGGAGAUCGUGGGCAUCACUAUGGGAGUAAUGGGAUGGAUUGUCUCCAUAGUGGCCUGUGCUUUGUUUACAUCGGGAUUGAUGGACUUUCCACAGUACAGAGAGGUCAGACUAAUUCAGAUCAUCACCUACUUCUCCAUUAUUCUAGGGUUGCUAGGGAUGAUACUCUCCAUCUCAGCUACAGUGCACCAACUGUACCCAGAGAAAUAUGAAUAUGUCUAAAGUUGAAGUGAUUAUCUUUGGCAGAAUAUUCUUCAUCCUGGCUGGUCUCAUCCACCUGAUCUUGAUCUUCUUGGUUGCCCUUGACUUGACACUAAACUCGGACCAUGAGAUCUUCCUGCGGAGUAAUAACCUGAUGUUCUCAGCUGAAUUUAAUAGGUGGGCCUCUUCACUGCUUCUGAUAGGAGGGACCAUAGUCUGCUGCUGCUUCAUGAGAAAAGCCUGAAUUAACAACUGUCUCUGAUUCCCUAAAUCGUGUCUUACACAACCUUUUAAUUCAUCUGUGCCAUUCUACCACUCUAAGCAAUAGGUUGUAAGCAAUACAUACAGUAUAGUUGAAAGCAAUAUGAUUAUUGAUAAUGGCUACACUUAAAAUGUUAGUCUUCAAUGCAGACUUUGAUCAGUUGAAUCAGGUGUGUUACUGCCUGGCUGGAACAAAAGCCUGCACCCACACUGGCACUUCAGGGACUGAUAUUGUUCUUUGAAUCAGUAACCCUUACUAAAAAUGGCCACAUAAAAUAUAUUGCCAUGUGUUGAAUCAUUGAUGCACAGAAUCGACUCACAGUUACCACAUCCUUUUAAAACCACUUGAGAGGGAGAUGUAAGCAUGCUGUCUAAGGGCUGGGGUUGAAGAGGAAUGUUUCUAUAGGUGGUGGAAAUACCACCAAAUUAAACAACUUUUCCAUUAUUAAUUACAAUAAAAUGCAACUCUUAUUAAAUUGCAAAUCUUGUGCUGUCUCCUGACUUCAUUUGGUGGAACCUCGUUCUUCUUCCUACCCCGUGGUCUGAGUUGAUAACCAGAAGUUAGUGGGUCAAAAAUACGAUUCCAUCAUCGCCAAUGUAAGCUAGGGUGGACUUAGCGAUUUGGGAGCCCAUUUCAAAAUGCCUUUGAGGGGACCCCCUACCCACCAAAAUGGACAUUUCCCCUAUAAAUGAACCGCUAAAAUUAUUAAUGUGCGUUAAUUUCUUAUUUAUUUCAGGCAAUUAUGAAAUGUAAACACCCUAUAAAGCUGUGGCUUACACAUUUGGGUAAAAACAACUGUCAGAAUCAGUCGGUAAGGGCCCAAUGACAGCUGUGUGUAAGUUACUUUCUGUUUUCACACCCAUCACUUCCUCUCUGUUUCUGUCCUGCCAACCCUAGGCCAAGUUUACACCUGACAUCUCUCAUCGAACGCAGACAUCAGCCUGACCUAUUUACCAUAAACGCUCAACUUCACGUCUGCUUCAUUAGUUUCUCACUAUGGUUUCCUGUAAAAGGGCAAAAGAAAUUGGUCUAUCUGUUCAUAUCAACUGAUUUAAAUUUAAACCUAACUGUGUUUUCCCCAUUUGGUCACAGCUGCAGACGUAAUUAUGACUUCUUCCUAAUAUUUGAUGGUAAUUCUGAAGUUGAGUUGAUAUCACCAGGCUCCCCAUUUCUACCUAGUUCCUUAUAGGUGUCUGUGUCUGAGUAGUGAGGAACUACAAGGACAUAGUUUUGAUCUGGUUCUGUUCGUAAAGUCAUUUUCAGUAGAAAUGAAAAAGUCAGGGAUGAACGGCAUACAGUGUUGUAUUUUUGUUUACAGCUCCUUUAUUGCAGUAGGGUCACCCAGGGAUCUUAUGAAAUAUAUUGUGUUGGUGUGUGUUGGGUCUCAUAUUCCUCAGCAGGAACCAAGAGGUUUAAGGAAAUGUAUUUGGAUGUACACUGACUCUCUGUGUGUUGAUCUGCCCUUUACAGACCUCCCCAUAGAGUGUAAACAACUGUUCUAUUUCUACUGACCUUCUGUGUAUGUAGACAGACAGGCAGGCAGACAGACAGACAGACAAAGAAAGGCAGUGUAUAGCCAAUAUACAUGUCCCUGAACUCAGCCAAUCCUUUAUGAAGAAUAUGAACUCGUCUACAUGAUGCUGCUUUGAUUUGAGUCAUAACUUUGUGUUCCUGUGAACACCUGUCCUUGACUGCGCCACAAAUGGAACCCUAUUCCCUACAUAGUAAACUACUUUUGACUAGAGCCCUAUGUUUGGGUCCUCCACCUUGUCCUUUAUCCCUGAGUGAAGGGUCAUUCAUCCUUGAGGGAAGGGUCCUAUAUCCCAGAGGGAGGAGUGUUUUAUCCCUGAGUGAAGGGUCUUUUAUCCCUGAGGGAAGAGUGUUUUAUCCCUGAGGAAAGGGUCCUUUAUUUAUCCCUGGGGGAAGGGUCCUUUAUCUCUGAGGGAAGAGUACUUUAUCCCUGAGGGAAGAGUCCUUUAUCCCAGAGGGAAGGGUCCUUUAUCCUUGAGGGAAGGGUCCUAUAUCCCAGAGGGAAGAGUGUUUUAUCCCUGAGUGAAGGGUCCUUUAUCCCUGAGGGAAGAGUGUUUUAUCCCUGAGGAAAGGGUCCUUUAUUUAUCCCUGGGGGAAGGGUCCUUUAUCUCUGAGGGAAGAGUACUUUAUCUCUGAGGGAAGGGUACUUUAUCCUUAUUUAUACUAUAAGAGGAUAUGAAAUCCAGACUUUGUAUGUCUUGUUAGACCAAUAUACACUGCAUUCGGAAGGUAUUCAAACACCUUGAACUUUUAAACAUUUUGUUACGUUACAGCCUUAUUUUAUAAUGUAUUAAAUCGUUUUUUCCCCUCAUCAAUAUACACACAAUACCUCAUAAUGACAAAGCAAAAACACUACACUACAACUAUGAAACUACAAGCUUGGCACACCUGUAUUUGGGGAGUUUCUCCCAUUCUUCUCUGCAGAUCCUCUCAAGCUCUGUCAGGUUGGAUGGGGAGCGUCGCUACACAACUAUUCUCAGGUCUCUCCAGAGAUGUUCGACCGGGUUCAAGUCCAGGCUCUGGCUGUGCCACUAGGGAACAUUCAGAGACUUGUCCUGAAGCCACUCCUGCGUUGUCUUGGCUGUGUGCUUAGGAUCGUUGUUCUGUUGGAAGGUGACCCUUCGCCCCAGUCUGGGGUCCUGAGCGCUCUGGAGCAGGUUUUAAUCAAGGAUCUCUCUGCACUUUGCUCCAUUCAUUUUUCCCUCGAUCCCGACAAGUCUCCCAAUCCCUGCCGCUGAAAAACAUGUUGCCACCACCAUGCUUCAUUCAGGCCAAAGAGUUAAAUCUUGGAUUAAUCAGACCAGAGAAUCUUGUUUCUCCUGGUCUGAGAGUCUUUAGGUGCCUUUUUUGGAAAACGGGCUGUGUUACUGAGGAGUGGCUUCCGUCUGGCCACUCUACCUUAAAGGCCUGAUUGGUGGAGUGGUGCAGAGAUGGUUGCCCUUCUGGAAGGUUCUCCCAUCUCCACAGACGAACUCUGGAGCUCUGUCAAAGUGACCAUCGAGUUCUUGGUCACCUCCCUGACCAAGGCCCUUCUCCCCUAUUGCUCAGUUUGGCAGGGCAGCCAGCUCUAUGAAGAGUCUUGGUGGUUCCAAACUUCUUCCAUUUAACAAUGAUGGAGGCCACUGUGUUCUUGGGGACCUUCAAUGCUGCAGACAUUUUUUGGUACCGUUCCCCAGAUCUGUGCCUCGACACAAUCCUAUCUCUGAGUUCUAAGGACAAUUCCUUCGACCUCAUGGCUUGUGUUUUGCUCUGACAUGCACUGUCAGCUGUGGGACCUUAUAUAGACAGGUGUGUGCCUUUCCAAAUCAUGUUGAAUCAAUUGAAUUUACCACAGGUGGACUCCAAUCAAGUUGUAGAAACAUCUCAAGGAUGAUCAAUGGAAACAAGAUGCACCCGAGCUCAAUUUGGAGUCUUGUAGCAAAGGGUCUGAAUACUUAUGUAAAUAAGGUAUGUUUUUUUGUUAGUUUUUUACACAUUUUCAAAAAUCUCAAAAUAAUUGUAUUUGCUUAGUCAUUAUGGGGUAUUGUGUGUAGAUUGAUGAGGGAAAAAAACAAUUUAAUCAAUUUUAGAACAAGUAUGUAAUGUAACAAAAUGUGGAAAAAGUCAAGGGAUCUGAAUACUUUCUGAAUGCACUGUAAUGGCCAAGUGGGUAACAGCAAGGCCAAGGUCUUUAGUGAUGUCUCAGCACUGACUGACUGACCGACUGACCAUUAGCUGUCUGUCAACGACACUGGGAUUUACACAGAACAACAUGAACUGCUUUAGUGCCACUGCACCAGUUGUAUAACGCUCAUAGACACUUAGCCUACCUACCUGUCUCUUUCUGACCUGUGUUCAAUACACACCUACCUGUCUCUUUCUGACCUGUGUUCAAUACUCACCUACCUGUCUCUAUCUGACCUGUGUUCAAUACUCACCUACCUGUCUCUUUCUGACCUGUGUUCAAUACUCACUUACCUGUCUCUUUCUUACCUGUGUUCAAUACUCACUUACCUGUCUCUUUCUGACCUGUGUUCAAUACUCACCUACCUGUCUCUAUCUUACCUGUGUUCAAUACUCACCUACCUGUCUCUUUCUGACCUGUGUUCAAUACUCACCUACCUGUCUCUAUCUUACCUGUGUUCAAUACUCACCUACCUGUCUCUUUCUUACCUGUGUGCAACAAUAAUGGUGUUCAUAAACUCCUGUGAGAUUUAUAGAGACAUAAAAAGAAAAAGCCCAUCCAACGCUAAGUGAUGUCACUCUUCUAGAACCACCCAGAGCUGUAGUAUGCAUACCAAGUAGAUAUCUGGUAGUUCAGAGGGUCACUCUUCUAGAACCACCCAGAGCUGUAGAAUGCAUACCAAGUAGAUAUCUGGUAGUUCAGAGGGUAACUCUUCUAGAACCACCCAGAGCUGUAGAAUGCAUACCAAGUAGAUAUCUGGUAGUUCAGAGGGUAACUCUUCUAGAACCACCCAGAGCUGUAGAAUGCAUACCAAGUAGAUAUCUGGUAGUUCAGAGGGUAACUCUUCUAGAACCACCCAGAGCUGUAGUAUAUUUGUUUUACUCUCCUGGUUGCGAUCAAACAAUUGAUUCCCGUUCAAAAUCAUUUUUUCCCUAAACCCUAACCCUUAACCUAACCCUAACCUUAUCUCCCCCACCAACUUCCCACUUGCUGACUGCUAGCUCUAAGUGCACUCCUCUGGACAACACUCUGUCUGUCUUCCAUGCCUGGUAUUACAACAGACUGGACAUGUGUGGUCUAUAGAGUGGAUUUGAGAUACAGUUUUGCCAAUAGGCUCCUGCUGAAAAUUCUGCCUUCAUCAGGAAAAACAUGAAGACUGAUUGGGUUAUGGUGGUUGGCUUGAAAAAAAAUACAGACACCCGAUUAGUUUAUGCUUGGCAGUGAGUUCUUUGAAUAUGAUCAAGGCUGGAAAAUAGGACCCCCCCCCCCUUCUGCUUAAGUUACUUCCUUUUCACAGAUCUGAUAGGAAAGGAUAGGUGAAAGCAAUAUGGCAGAAUCGAGGUGGGGUUGUCCAUCAAUCACACUCUAGGCACAUCAUGUAGAUCUGAGAUGCAUAAAGUAGCUUCACCUUGCCAUCUCAUAUACUGUAGGUAUGGAAUUACACACACACACCUCUCUCUCUCUCUCUCUCUCUCUCUCUCUUUCUCUCUCUCGUUCUCUCUCUCUCUCUCUCUCUCUCUCUCUCUCUCUCUCUCUCUCUCUCUCUCUCUCUCUCUCUCUCUCUCUCUCUCUCUCUCUCUCUCUCUCUCUCUCUCUGACCUAAUAUCUUUAAACCAACCCCUGCAGUGGUUUCAUUCACCAGUCAGGUGUCUAGCGUCCUGGCAGGCUGUGAAGCAACCCCUAACCUCAGACAUGCAUGUGGUAGUAUAUGACUAAGUAAGUACUGGUGCUGUUUGAAUCAUUUCAUCUGGGCAGUUUAUAAAUGUGAAUAAACGUAUAAACCCAUACACCUGUAGGCCAAGGACCAGGUCAGACUGGUUCAGCUGUACACAGGUGUUGUAGCUCCCAUUUAAGUACGAAGGCAGCAUGCAGCGCUCCAUACUCCAUUACUUUAAAAUCACUAUCUAAUUGCUGUUAUGUUUUAUAUCUGUUGCCUUCGUACUUCAAUGAAACUAGUUUAUAAAAUUGAACCUGCAACAUGAUUCAGUGUUUUUAAAAACAUUCCUAUUUGUAGUUAAAGAACAUAUAACAAAGCUACUUGUCAAUGGCUGCAGACAUGUCAGGCAUUUCUAUUAACCCUUUUAUAACAACAGUGAACCGUUCUUUCUUUCUUUACAUAUCCUAGGGCUCUAUUAAAAAUCCCAAUAGUAAAUCUUAGCGAAUGCAUUGGGCAGGACAAAAAAAAGCCUUCAUUGAGGAGGUUAUGCUUGGUUUUUAAUCAAAUUGUUUGAAAAACAAGCAAUCUAAUUUUUAAAACAACAACAAUAUUUCUAAAUAGGAUGGGGUCAGAAGCAAGAUUUCAUUAAUCUCAUUUCUCUCGUUCCAUGGCAUUAUGUCCACUCGUAGGCCUAAAUGUCUUUAUGCAAAACAUUUACACUAAUAUACAAAAUACUAGGCUCCUGUCAAUUAUAUUGUUGUCUAUGUGCAAGACACAUUGUCAAAACAAUCUGCCAUUAAUAUGACAUUAUAGGAGGACAGAAUAGUUUGGAGGAGCGGGUCUUUGGUAAUCGGACGAGGGGCGCUCUUUGAAAAUGGGGAUGGAUAGCCUACUUGAACAAUCAAAAUUAAGUAGGCAGGUAUGUGAAUUGUUUAUCAUAAAAAAGCAUGAGGGCAAAAAAACUCAAAUAUUUCAAGGCACUCUCAGCAGACCAUUUAAAACCCCUUCAUUCAUAGGCUACUUGGAUAUUGUAUGGCCAGGAUAAAAUAUAUGUACCUUUGCGAAGCUGCUAAACCAGCUUUAAUUAAUUAAGGGGAGGGUAGGCUAUGCUUGGUUUUUAAUCAAAUUAAAUGAAAUGGGGGGAAACCAAUAGUUUUUUAUGUUUCUUAAUACGAGAUCAACUGGCACAAAUGGCACAUCUCUCCUUCCAUGGGCACUGUGCUUCAUUGCUGGAUAGGCUGCGCUUCCGCUCUCAAAAUCCAUGCCAUUAUCAACUGCUUUACAUGAAGACCUGCUUUUUGGUGGGUCUUAACAUUUCUUAAAGGUGGACUGCUUAUUUGUAAUCUCAUAUUCAUUAUCUCCAGCACCACACCAGUGUCUUCAUAUACAUUGAGUAUACAAAAUCUUGUAUUCUCCAUGCCCGUUGAAUUUAGGCUGUUUUGAGGGCAAAAGGGGGGGUGCAACUCAAUAUUAGGAAGGUGAAAACAGCAAUAAAGGAUGCGGUUAAAAAACUGUGAAGUGUACCUUUAUAAUUUAUUCUCAGAACAGGCGGUGGGUGUAAGAUUAUCUGAAAGUCUUGAGAGUUUGAAAAUAAGUCGAGUUUUUCACCCAUUUGGGUCGCAACCACAUACUACCCCACAUCCGUAUUGAUAGGAUUUAUGUUUCCAUGACAAUAUAUUUAAGUGACAUCACAGCAUUGAGCAGUUAUAGAGGUUUUCUGAGUGGCUCAGCUCUCCAAUCUUAUAGAAGACCUCAGCAACGAACUUCAGAGUGAACGAAUCUGCUGAGCAAGACGCAGUUAGGGAUAUAGCAUUUUGAUGGGCAUGGAUAUCGUGGAAAUGGUGGAGGUCGUGGGCAUUGCCCUGGGAGUCAUAGGAUUAAUACUUACCAUCGUGAUCUGUGCACUCCCCACCUGGAUAGAGACAACCUUCAUAGCAGAUAACUUUGCCACCACAGAGGUGCACUUGCUUGGCCUGUGGAUGAGUUGUGUGACCCAAAGCACGGGACAGACACAGUGUAAUGUGCACAACUUAAGGGGGAACUGGCCCCACAGUAUGGAGAAUGCCGGAGCCAUGAUCAUCACUGCCAUCAUCCUGGGGGUUCUGGGGGUCACGGUCUCCAUGGUUGGAGCCAAGUGCACCAACUGCAUCAAAGAACAAACGUCUCAGGCCAAGUUGAUAAUUAUAUCUGGAAUACUUUUCAUCCUGGCCGGAAUUCUCAUCCUCAUCCCUGUUUCCAUGGUAGCCAGAUCAAUCAACAGUGAAAACUCCAAGUGGAUCAGAGGGAAGGCUGAGCUGGGGGCCUCGCUGUACUUCGGCUGGGGGGCGGCCGCCCUGCUCCUGAUUGGAGGUUUCAUACUGUGCAUCACUGUGGGAGUCUUUGGAUGGAUGAUGGGAAUCUGUGGAUGGGUAGUCUCCCUAGUGCCCUGUUCUAUCAUUAUAUUGGGCCCCCAUGGGUAUGGUCCUGAACACUAUAGGCACAUAUGGAUGGAUAUGCUGAAGAUCACCUGCAUCUCCACCAUCCUGGGAGCUCUAGGAGUGAUGGGGUCCAUCUUUGGGACCAAGUGCUGUAACUGCAUCAAGAGUAACAGGACCAGGGUCAAGGCCAGGUUCAUCGUUGGAAUAUUCUUCAUCCUGGCUGGUAUCCUGCAACUCACCACUGUCUUCUUGGUCUAUUACUUGACACAGAAUAUUCCAGAAUACUGGAGGGAGUAUAUGUUAUUUUCCACUGAAUUCUGUAGAUGGUCCGCCUCCAUGCUCCUGAUAGGAGGGACCAUACUCUGCUGCAGCACCUUGAAGAGGAAGAACCCAGACUCAACAAUGACUAAAUCUGCCUCCCACUAAUGUCUCUGUCCAAAAGCUGUACUUUCUUGUUAUAAAAACCAUAGGGAUCCAAUAAUUGCAAUUCUAUACGUAAUUAUAUGAUGAAAAAUUGCCUCUAUCCUAUCUGUUCAAUGUUAGAAUAUCAGAAGGGACUAGAUAGGUGUGAAAGCAACAUCGUUAUUGUUCCACCUUCUAUUUAACAGGUCAAAGGGGAGUAUGACAUAUUGUGUUAAAAUAUUCAGUUAAUUUAGACUGUGAGGAGAAGUUCCUGAGGAGACUACAAUGAAGGGACAUAUUCUCACUGUUACCUCGCUGUACUUCGGCUGGGGGCGGCCGACCUGCUCCUGGUGCAUUAAUAGAGACAUUCCCAACUUAACAACUCACUUAAAUUCCAUAACUGGUAUCUUGUAUGAUCUUAUGUUACCAUAGCCCAGUGUUUCUUAAUAUAAGUGCACAGAAUUAGUCUUCAAAAGUCUUAGGGGAGCUUGUGCAAUAUUGCCAUAUUGCUUACUUUUGCCAGGGCAACAACAAAACAGUUGGGGUAGAAACAGGCUCACUAGUUCCUCACACACAGUAACGACCUGUCACACCCUGGCUCUGGGACUCAUUAUGUUGAGCCAGGGUGUGUUCAUUCUAUGUGUUCUGUUUCUAUGUUGGGUGUUCUAGUUCGUCAUUUUCUAUGUUUGACUGAGUGACUCCCAAUCAGAGGCAACGAGUGUCAGCUGUUUGCUGGUUGUCUCUGAUUGGGAGCCAUAUUUAAACUGUAUGUUUUCCCUUGGGUGUUGUGGGUUUUUGUUCCGUGUCGGUAUUUGUUUACCGUGGACUUCACGAGUCGUGUUUUGUUUGGUAUACUUUACUAAUUAAAGUCAUGUUUGUUUCACACGCUGCGCCUUGGUCUACUCACUCCUCUAACGAUCGUGACACGACCACACACUUCACCACAUCUGUACAGGUUGUGUUUCCAUGGCAGCAGAUGAUGUCAAGCGCCCUUGGGCUUCUGACUGGCCGGGCUCUCUAGUAUCACAGAAGAACUCUGCAACAAACAUCUGUGAGAAAAGAACGUUGAACAAUCUGCUGUUUUAGAACUUUGCUUGCAAAGAAUGAAGCUGUAGGCCUGUAGCAUCCAGGAUCUUCUCUGGAAAUAUAACAUAUUCACUGUUCUGAAGUCUCUUUGUUGAGUCACAUCCUUGUUCUUCAAGGAAGUGCAUGUUGAUGGGCAUGGAGAUCGUGGGCAUCACUAUGGGAGUAAUGGGAUGGAUUGUCUCCAUAGUGGCCUGUGCUUUGUUUACAUCGGGAUUGAUGGACUUUCCACAGUACAGAGAGGUCAGACUAACUCAGAUCAUCACCUACUUCUCCAUUAUUCUAGGGUUGCUAGGGAUGAUACUCUCCAUCUCAGCUACAGUGCACCAACUGUACCCAGAGAAAUAUGAAUAUGUCUAAAGUUGAAGUGAUUAUCUUUGGCGGAAUAUUCUUCAUCCUGGCUGGUCUCAUCCACCUGAUCUUGAUCUUCUUGGUUGCCCUUGACUUGACACCAAACUCGGACCAUGAGAACUUCCUGCGGAGUAAUAACCUGAUGUUCUCAGCUGAAUUUAAUAGGUGGGCCUCUUCACUGCUUCUGAUAGGAGGGACCAUAGUCUGCUGCUGCUUCAUGAGAAAAGCCUGAGUUGACAACUGUCUCUGAUUCCCUAAAUCGUGUCUUACACAACCAUAAUUUAUCUGAGCCAUUCUACCACUCUAAGCAAUAGGUUGUAAGCAAUACAUACAGUAUAGUUGGAAGCAAUAUGAUGAUUGAUAAUGGCUACACUUUAAAUGUUAGUCUUCAAUGCAGACUUUGAUCAGUUGAAUCAGGUGUGUUAUUGCCUGGCUGGAACAAAAGCCUGCACCCACACGGGCACUUUCAGGGACUGAUAAUGUUCUUUGAAUCAGUAAUCCUUACUAAAAAUGGCCACAUAAAAAAUAUUGCCAUGUGUUGAAUCAGUGAUGCACAGAAUAGACUCACAGUUACCACUUCCUUUUAAAACCACUUGAGAGGGAGAUGUAAGCAUGCUGUCUAAGGGCUGGGGUUGAAGUGGGAUGUUUCUAUAGGUGGUGGAAAUACCACCAAAUUAAACAACUUUUCCAUUAUUAUUUACAAUAAAAUGCAACUCUUUUUAAAUUGCAACUCUUGUGCUGUCUCCUGACUUCAUUUGGUGGCACCUCGUGCUUCUUCCUACCCCAGGGUUGUUUCUGGACUGGGCCAAGGUCUUAUCAUGGUCUAGGUAGUACGUACGUGGUCUGAGUUCUUAACCAGAUGUUAGUGGGUCAAAUAUAAGAUUCCAUCAUCGCCAAUGUAAGCUAGGGUGGACUUAGCGAUUUGGGAGCCCAUUUCAAAAUGCCUUUGAGGAGACCCCCUACCCGCCAAAACGGACAUUCCACUGUAAAUGAACCGCUAUAAUUAUUCAUGUGCGUUAAGUUUUUAUUUUAUUUCAGGCCAUUAUGAAAUGUAAAUGCCCUUUAAAGCUGUGGCUAACACAUUUGGGAAAAACAACUGUCAGAAUCAGUCGGUAAGGGCCCCAUGACAGCUGCGUGCAAGUUACUUGUUGUUUUCACACCCAUCACUUCCUGUCUGUUUCUGUCCUGCCAACCCUAGGCCAAGUUUACACCUGACAUCUCUUAUCGAACGCAGACACCAGCCUGACCUAUUUACCAUAAGCGCUCAACUUUACGUCUGCUUCAUUAAUUUCUAACUAUGGUUUCAUGUAAAAGGGCAAAAUAAAUUGGUCUAUCUGUUCAUACCAACUGAUUUAGAUUUAAACCUAACUGUGUUUUCCCCAUUUGGUCACAGCUGCAGACGUAAUUAUGACUUCUUCCUAAUAUUUGAUAGUAAUUCUGAAGUUGAGUUGAUAUCACCAGGCUCCCCAUUUCUACCUAGUUCCUCAUUGGUGUCUGUGUCUGAGUAGUGAGGAACUACAAGGACAUAGUUUUGAUCUGGUUCUGUUCGUAAAGUCAUUUUCAGUAGAAAUGAAAAAGUCAGGGAUGAACGGCAUACAGUGUUGUAUUUUUGUUUACAGCUCCUUUAUUGCAGUAGGGUCACCGAGGGAUCUUAUGAAAUAUAUUGUGUUGGUGUGUGUUGGGUCUCAUAUUCCUCAGCAGGAUCCAAGAGGUUUAAGGAAAUGUAUUUGGAUAUACACUGACUCUCUGUUUUGAUCUGCCCUUUACAGAUCUCCCCAUAGAGUGUAAACAACUGUUCUAUUUCUACUGACCUUCUGUGUGUGUAGACAGACAGACAGACAGACAGACAGACAGACAGACAGACAGACAGACAGACAGACAGACAGACAGACAGACAGACAGACAGACAGACAGACAGACAGACAGACAGACAGACAGAGAAAGGCAGUGUAUAGCCAACAUACAUCUCCCUGAACUCAGCCAUUUCUUUAUGAAGAAUAUGAACUGUUCUACUCUUCUGGAUUUUUGGGGGGUUCGUAUCAUUUGAUUUACACAACAUGCCUACCACUUUGAAGAUGCAAAAUAUUUCAUUGUGAAACAAAGAAGAAAUAAAACUUGAGCGUGCAUAACUAUUCACCCCCCCCCCAAAGUCAAUACGUUGUAGAGCCACCUUUUGCAGCAAUUACAGCUGCAAGUCUCUUGGGGUAUGUCUCUAUAAACUUGGCACAUCUAGCCACUGGGAUUUUUGCCCAUUCUUCAAGGCAAAACUGCUCCAGGUCUUUUCAAAUUGGAUGGGUUCCGCUGGUGUACGGCAAUCUUUAAGUCAUUCCACAUAUUCUCAAUUGGAUUGAGGUCUGGGCUUUGACUAGGCCGUUCCAAGACAUUUAAAUGUUUCCCCUUAAACCACUCCCCUUAAACCACCCCUUAACUCAGUAUGCUUAGGGUCAUUGUCCUGCUGGAAGGUGAACCUUUGUCCCAGUUUCAAAUCUCUGGAAGACUGAAACAGGUUUCCAUCAAGAAUUUCGCUGUAUUUAGCGCCAUCCAUCAUUCCUUCAAUACUGACCAGUUUCCCAGUCCCUGCCGAUGAAGAACAUGGUGUUAUUGGGGUGAUGAGAGGUGUUGGGUUUUUCCAGACAUAGUGUUUUCCUUGAUGGCCAAAAAGCUCAAUUUCAAAUCAAAUCAAAUCAAAUCGUAUUUGCCACAUGCGCCGAAUACAACAGGUGUAGACAUUACAAAAAAUGCUUACUUACAAGCCCUUAACCAACAAUGCAAAGUAAAACAAAUAAAAAAAGUGUUAAGCAAAAAAAAAAAAUCUGCAAAUAACUAAAGAGCAACAGUAAAAUAAAAUAACAGUAGGGAGUCUAUAUACAGGGGUGUACCGGUGCAGAGUCAAUGUGCGGGGGCACCGGCUAGUCGAGGUAAUUGAGGUAAUAUGUACAUGUGGGUAGAGUUAAAGUGACUAUGCAUAAAAAAUAAACAGAGUAGCAGCAGAGUAAAAAAGGGGGACGGGGUGGGGUUGGGGGGGCAGUGUAAAUUGUCCGGGUAGCCAUUAUUAGCUGUUCAGGAGUCUUAUGGCUUGGGGGUAGAAGCUGUUGAGAAGCUUUUUGGACCUAGACUUGGUGCUCCGGUACCGCUUGCCAUGUGGUAGCAGAGAGAACAGUCUAUGACUAGGGUGGCUGGAGUCUUUGACAAUUUUGAGGGCCUUCCUCUGACACCGCCUGGUAUAGAGGUCCUGGAUGGCAGGAAGCUUGGCCCCAGUGAUGAACUGGGCCGUACGCACUACCCUCUGUAGUGCCUUGCGGUCGGAGGCCGAGCAGUUACCAUACCAGGCGGUUAUGCAACCAGUCAGGAUGCUCUUGAUGGUGCAGCUGUAGAACUUCUUGAGGAUCUGAGGACCCAUGCCAAAUGUUUUCAGUCUCCUGAGGGGGAAUAGGCUUUGUCGUGCCCCUCUUCACGACUGUAUUUUAUCUCUGAGGGAAGGGUCCUUCAUCCUUAUUAUACAACAAAGAUGAUAUGAAACCCAGGCUGUGUCUGUCUUGUUAGACCAUUAUACAGUGCAUUUGUAUUCAAACCCCUUGACUUUUUCCACAUUUUGUUACGUUACAGCCUUUUUCUAAAAUUGAUUAAAUCGGGUUUUUUUCCCAUCAUCAAUCUACACACAAUACCCCAUAAUGAAAAAGCAAAAAAACAGGUUUUUAGAAAUUGUAGCAAAUUGUUUAAAAAUAAAAAACGGAAAUAUAACAUUUUCAUAAGUAUUCAGAAUCUUUACUCAGUACUUUGUUGAACCACCUUUGGCAUCGAUUACAGCAUUGAGUCUUCUUGGGUAUGAAGCUACAAGCUUGGCACACCUGUAUUCAAAAAAAUAAUAAUUUAUGCACGCAUGACUGUAAGUCGCUUUGGAUAAAAGCGUCUGCUAAAUGGCAUAUUAUAUUAUAUUAUAUUAUAUUAUAUAUUAUAUUAUAUUAUUAUAUUAUAUAUUAUUAUAUAUAUUCUGGGAGUUUCUCCCAUUUUUCUCUGCAGAUCCUCUCAAGCUCUGUCAGGUUGGAUGGGGAGCGUUGCUGCACAGCUAUUUUCAGGACUCUCCAGAGAUGUUCGACCGGGUUCAAGUCAGGGCUCUGGCUGGGCCACUCAGGGACAUUCAGAGACAUGUCCUGAAGCCACUCCUGCGUUGUCUUGGCUGUGUGCUUAGGGUCGUUGUCCUGUUGGAAGGUGAACCUUCGCCCCAGUCUGAGGUCCUGAGCGCUCUGAAGCAGGUUUUAAUCAAGGAUCUCUCUGUACUUUGCUCCAUUCAUCUUACACUCGAUCCUGACUAGUCUCCCAGUCCCUGCCACUGAAAAAUAUCCCCACAGCAUGAUGUUGCCACCACCAUUCUUCAUUCAGGCCAAAGAGUUCAAUCUUGGUUUCAUCAGACCAGAGAAUCUUGUUUCUCAAGGUCUGAGAGUCUUUAGGUGCCUUUUGUCAAACUGUAAUGUGCAUUUUACUGAGGAGUGACUUCCAUCUGGCCACUCUACCGUAAAGGCCUGAUUGGUGGAGUGCUGCAAAGAUGGUUGUCCUUCUAGAAGGUUCUCCCAUCUCCACAGAGGAACUCUGGAGCUCUGUCAAAGUGACCAUCGGGUUCUUGUCACUGACCAAGGCCCUUCUCCCCUAUUGCUCAGUUUGGCCGGGCAGCCAACUCUAGGAAGAGUCUUGGUGGUUCCAAACUUAUUCCAUUUAAGAAUGAUGGAGGCCACUGUGUUCUUGGGGAUCUUCAACGAUGCAAACAAUUUUUGGUACCCUUCCCCAGAUCUGUGCCUCGACACAAUCCUGUCUCGGAGCUCUAAGGACAAUUCCUUUGAACUCAUGGCUUGGUUUUUCCUCUGACAUGCACUGUCAGCUGUGGGACCUUAUAUAGAAGAAACAUCCCAAGGAUGAUCAAUGGAAACAAGAUGCACCUGACAUCAAUUUGGAGUCUUGUAGCAAAGGGUCUGAAUACUUAUGUAAACAAGGUAUGUUUUUUUGUUUGUUUUUUACAAAUUUGCAAAAAUCUCAAUAAAACUGUUUUCACUUCGUCAUUAUGGGGUAUUGUGUGUAGAUUGAUGAGGGACAAAUACAAUUUAAUCAAUUUUAGAACAAGGCUGUAACAUAACAAAAUGUGGAAAAAGUCAAGGGGUCUGAAUACAGGCACGCAGACAGACAGAGAAAGCCAGUGUAUAGCCAACAUACAUUUCCAUGAACUCAGCCAUUCCUUUAUGAAGAAUAUGAACUCUUCUACAUGAUGCUGGUUUGAUUUGAGUCAUUACUUUGUGUUCCUGUGAACACCUGUCCUUGAACCCUAUUCCCUACAUAGUAAACUACUUUUGACUAGAGCCCUAUGUUUAGGUCCUCCACCUUGUCCUUUAUCCCUGAGGGAAGGGUCCUUUAUCCCAGAGGGAAGAGUGUUUUAUCCCUGAGGGAAGAGUAUUUUAUCCCUGAGGAAAGAGUGUUUUAUUUUACAUUUUACAUUUUAGUCAUUUAGCAGACGUUCUUAUCCAGAGCGAUUUACAGUUAGUGAGUGAAUACAUUAUUUUUUAUUUUAUUUUUCAUACUGGCCCCCUUUUAUCCUUGAUGGAAGGGUCCUUUAUUCUGGAGGGAGGAUUGUUUUAUCCCUGAGGGAAGGGUCCUUUAUCUCUGAGGGAAGCAUACUUUAUUUAUCCCUGGGAGAAGGGUCCUUUAUCUCUGAGGGAAGAGUACUUUAUCCCUGAGGGAUGGGUCCUUUAUCUCUGAGGGAAGGGUCUUUUAAUUAUCCCAGAGGGAAGAGUCCUUUAUCCCUGGAGGAAGGGUACUUUAUCCCUGGGGGAAGGGUCCUUUAUCUCUGAGGGAAGGGUCCUUCAUCCUUAUUAUACAACAAAGAGGAUAUGAAACCCAGGCUGUGUCUGUCUUGUUAGACCAUUAUACAGUGCAUUUGUAUUCAAACCCCUUGACUUUUUAAGCAUUAAUUUACGUUACAGCCUUAUUUUAAAAUGUAUUAAAUAGUUUUUUCCCCUCAUCAAUCUACACACAAUACCUCAUAAUGACAAAUCAAAACAGGGUUUUAGAAAUUGUAGCAAAUUUAUAUAUAUAAAAAAAGGAAAUAUAACAUAUACAUAAGUAUUCAGACCCUUUACUCAGUGCUUUGUUGAUGCACCUUUGGCAGAGAUUACAUCAUCGAGUCUUCUUGGGUUUGACUCUACAAGCUUGGCACACCUGUAUUUGGGGAGUUUCUCCCAUUUUCCUCUGCAGAUCCUCUCAAGCUCUGUCAGGGUGGAUGGAGAGCGUCGCUGCACAACUAUUCUCAGGUCUCUCCAGAGAUGUUCGACCGGGUUCAAGUCCAGGCUCUGGCUGUGCCACUCAGGAACAUACAGAGACUUGUCCUGAAGCCACUCCUGCGUUGUCUUGGCUGUGUGCUUAGGGUCGUUGUCCUGUUGGAAGGUGCACAUUCGCCCCAGUCUGGGUUCCUGAGCACUCUGGAGCACGUUUUAAUCAAGGAUCUCUCUGUACUUUGCUCCAUUCAUCUUUCCCUCAAUCCCGACUAGUCUCCCAGUCCAUGCCGCUGAAAAACAUCCCAACAACAUGAUGUUGCCACCACCAUGCUUAAAUCAGGCCAAAGAGUUCAAUCUGGGAUUCAUCAGACCAGAGAAUUGUGUUUCUCAUGGUCUGAGAUUAUUUAGGUGCCGUUUGGAAAACUCCAAGCGGGCUGUCAUGUGCCUUUUACUGAGGAGUGGCUUCCGUCUGGCCACUCUAUCUUAAUGGCCUGAUUGGUGGAGUGGUGCAGAGAUAGUUGCCCUUCUUGAAGGUUCUCCCAUCUUCACAGACGAACUCUGGAGCUCUGUCAAAGUGACCAUCGAGUUCUUGGUCACCUCCCUGACCAAGGGCCUUCUCCACUAUUGCUCAGUUUGGCCGGGCAGCCAGCUCUAGGAAGAGUCUUGGUGGAUCCAAACUUCUUCCAUUUAAGAAUGAUGGAGACCACUGUGUUCUUGGGGACCUUCAAUGUUGCAGACAUUUUUUGAUACCCUUCCCCAGAUCUGUGCCUCGACACAAUCCUGUCUAGGAGUUAAGGAUAAUUCCUUCGACCUCAUGGCUUGUGUUUUGCUCUGACAUGCGCUGUCAGCUGUGGGACCUUAUAUAGACAGGUGUGUGCCUUUCCAAAUAAUGUUGAAUCAAUUGAAAUUACCACAGGUGGACUCCAAUCAAGUUGUAGAAACAUCUCAAGGAUUAUCAAUGGAAACAGGAUGCACCUGACCUCAACUUGGAGUCUCGUAGCAAGGGGUCUGAAUACUUAUGUAAAUAAGGUAUGUUUUUUUGUUUGUUUUUUACACAUUUGCAAAAUCUCAAAAUAAUUGUUUUUGCUUUGUCAUUAUGGGGUAUUGUGUGUAGAUUGAUGAGGGAAAAAAACAAUUUAAUCAAUUUUAGAACAAGUUUGUAACGUUAAAAAAUGUGGAAAAUGAUAAGGGGUCUGAAUACUUUCUGAAUGCACUGUAAAUGGCCAAGUGGGUAACAGCAAGGCCAAGGUCUUUAGUGAUGUCUCAGCGCUGACUAACCAUUAGCUGUCUGUCAACGACACUGGGAUUUACAUAGAACAACAUGAACUGCUUUAGUGCCACUGCACCAGUUGUAUAACGCUCAUAGACACUUAGCCUACCUACCUGUCUCUUUCUGACCUGUGUUCAAUACUCACCUACCUGUCUCUCUUACCUGUGUUCAAUACUCAGCUACCUGUCUCUAUCUUACUUCUGUUCAAUACUCACUUACCUGUCUCUUUCUUACCUGUGUUCAAUACACACCUACCUGUCUCGUUCUUACCUGUGUUCAAUACUCACCUACCUGUCUCUAUCUUACCUGUGUUCAAUACUCACCUACCUGUUUCUAUUUUACCUGUGUUCAAUACUCACCUACCUGUCUCUUUCUUACCUGUGUUCAAUACUCACCUACCUGUCUCUAUCUUACCUGUGUUCAAUACUCACCUACCUGUCUCUUUCUGACCUGUGUUCAAUACUCACCUACCUGUCUCUAUCUUACCUGUUUUCAAUACUCACCUACCUGUCUCUUUCUUACCUGUGUUCAAUACUCACCUACCUGUCUCUUUCUUACCUGUAUUCAAUACUCACCUACCUGUCUCUGUCUUACCUGUGUUCAAUACUCACCUACCUGUCUCUACGCGUAACAUUUACACUUCUAUACAAAAUACUAGGCUCCUGUCAAUUAUAUUGUUGCCUAUGUCCGAGACACAUUGUCAAAACAAUCUGCCAUUAAUAUGGCAUUAUAGGAGGACAGAAUAGUUUGGAGGAGCGGGUCUUUGGUAAUCGGACGAGGGGCGCUCUUUGAAAAUGGGGAUGGAUAGCCUACUUGAUCAAGUGAAAUUAAGUAUGCAGGUAUGUGAAUUGUGAAUCAUGAAAAAGCAUGAGGGCAAAAAACCUCCAAAAUAUUUCAAGGCACUCUCAGCAGACCAUUUAAAACCCCUUCAGGUUUCAGGCCGAGUUGAUAAUUAUCUCUGGAAUACUUUUCAUCCUGGCCGGUAUUCUCAUCCUCAUCCCUGUUUCCAUGGUAGCCAGAUCAAUCAUCAGUUACUCCUCCAAGUGGAUCGGAGGGAAGACUGAACUGGGGGCCUCGCUGUACUUCGGCUGGGGGGCGGCCGCCCUGCUCCUGAUUGGAGGUUUCAUACUGUGUAUCACUGUGGGAGUCUUUGGAUGGAUGAUGAGAAUCUGUGAAUGGGGAGUCUCUCUAGUGCCCUGUUUUAUCACU